AUGGCUCUUUCUCUUCGAAUCAUCAUUACAAGUUUUCUCUUCAUUACCGCCACUGCCUCAUCACCUCCCGGCGGCUUCACCGUCGGAUUAUUCCACCGUCGCUCUAACUCCUCUUCUUCUCCACUAUCUAGGACCAGUGAUGAUGAUGGAUCAUCUCCGUACGCCGAUACCGUCUUUGCUACCAGCGCGUAUCUAAUGAAGCUACAAAUCGGUACACCUCCUGUUGAGAUAGAAGCCAUCUUAGACACAGGAAGCGACCUCAUAUGGACACAAUGCUUACCCUGUGUUAACUGUGACGACCACCAACAAGCUCCCACCGUCUUCGACCCUUCGAAAUCCUCAAGCUACAAAGCCAAAAUAUGCGACGACGGCCCUUGUCCGUACACGAUUACCUACGCAGACCAAACCUAUUCCGUGGGAACGUUAGCGACCGAGACGGUCACGGUAAAGUCCACUUCAGGCCAACCUUUUGUGAUGCCUGAAACCUCCAUUGGUUGUGGCCACAACAACACAGCGCAAGGGCUUAUAUCCAACAGUUCAGGCAUUGUGGGUCUAGGUUUGGGAUCUUCAUCACUCAUCUCUCAGAUGGGAGAAAUAUUCUUAGGUCUUUUCUCUUACUGCUUAUCCGGUCAGGGAACUAGUAAGAUCAACUUUGGAGGGAAUGCUAUUGUGUCAGGAGAUGGGACAGUAGCAGCCGACAUGUUUCGAAAGCCGGACAAUCCUGGUUUCUAUUACCUAAACCUAGACGCGGUCAGCGUCGGAGAUAACCGCGUGGAGACGUUGGGGACACCGUUUCACGCCUCAGAUGGGAACAUAAUCAUAGACUCUGGAACCACUUUAACCUACUUUCCCGAGAGCUACUGCAAAAAAGUGAAGCAGGCAGUGGAAAACGUUAUGCCAGAGGAUCGAGUAGAUUUCAUGGGGGACAUGCUUUGCUACCACUCGGACAAUAUAGAGAUGUAUCCGUCGAUCACACUGCAUUUCUCUGGCGGUGCGGAUCUUGUCUUGGAGAAGUACAAUACGUAUAUGAGUCAGGGAGGAGUGUAUUGUCUAGCGAUUAUGUGUGCUGAUCCGAUACAAGACCCUAUAUUUGGUAACAGAGCACAGAAUAAUCUUUUGGUGGGUUAUGAUCCUUCUUCACUGCUCAUUUCUUUCAAGGCCACCGAUUGUUCAUCACUGUGGAGUUGA